UGUUUGUCGCGAGUCCUGCGGAUGAUUUUUUGAUAAAGUUAGUUUUACCAACAAACUGUUAACGCUGUCAACUGUUCAACACUCAACUCGAAAAGAUGCACUGUAUGGCCAUCGGGUGAGGUGACCUCUAGAGAACAUUCCAGAAGAAACCAAGGGCCCCUGACAUUUAUUUGAGUCUCACGCUACACUUGAAGAUGGACUCAGACCAAUCUUACCUGCACUGGAAUGGGUUGUGGCGAAAAUGUGUGUUGCCAUGGUGAUCAUACAGACUAAAACACUGGAAAAGAAGGGUGUUGAUGAUGUAACAUCCAAGGAGUCAAACUUGGAGCUGCGAUCGCCGUCGCUGAAGACCAUGAGCCAGGGAACGACCCUCUUCACUUACACAGGCAUGGAGACAGGUCUGUGGAGAGAUGUGGGCCGUGGCUGUGGAGGGCAUCAGCGCCCAGUUGGUUCCAGCUUAGAGAGCUUGUGGGAUGGGUUUCCCGAGGCCGCAGGCGCGGCUGGUUCCAUCAGUGGCCUUCUUCGAGACCUGAGUCUUAGCGAGACAUCUUCCGCCGGAGUCGCCGCUCCGCCCAGCAAACGGCAGUGUCGCUCGCACUCCUGCUCGGAGGAGCUGGCCAGCUGCAGGUCGUCGUGGCGACCGCAGGGUUCCCGCGUCUGGACGACGGUGGAGAAGCGGCGCUGCCACAGCGGGGGCAGCGUCCAGCGUGGCGGUAGCCUGGGGACGUCUUUCGCUCAGAUCGGUUUUCCAGCCAUGCAGCGGAGCUCCAGCUUCAGCUUGCCCACACGCUCCAACGUGCUGGAGCUGCCCUCUUUCGGCCAGGGCAUCCCAUUUCCUCCCUUCACCGGCCAGGUCACCAGCCCUUGCUCCGAGCCCCCGCGUCCCCUCUACCUCUCCGACGAACAGAUCUGCCUCCCCGAGCCUCGCGGACCCUCGGAGGCUAGCUCCCCAGACUCCACCCCUGAGCUGGAUCGGCGAACUGGGCAAGGGGGGCUGGCCAGGAGCCGCUCCCAACCCUGCGUGUUAAACGACAAGAAGAUCGGCAUGAAACGGAGGAGACCUGCCGACACUCACAAACAGAGGCCUUCACUGGAUCUUGCUAAAAUGACCCAGAAACUUCCAAAUUUCCACAGUCUUAGCUGUCCUGGGAUUACGAGUGACGACGGCUGCCAGUCAAGCCACACCCGGCCCACUUUUGACAGCGCAGACCGGCUGGAUUUUUCCUCUGUGUGUGAUCAAGGGACAGAACCUCACCUGGACACAGAGGAGGAGCAGGGAACCAGCGAGGAAUCAGUCAUCGAUGAACAGGAAGGGGACAUUUCCUCCUACUCGGAUUUGAUGCCCGGGACGGCCAAUGGAAAGGAGCGCGAACAGUUGUGGGCGGGACUAUGCGGGACGAGGAGAGAUGUUUAUCAGCUUGGUGGCGAACUGGACAUUGAACAGAUUGAGAGGAACUGAGAGAAUGAGAUUGUUAGUAGCCUAAGUUGAAGUGUAGUGAGACGUUGGAACGCUAAAGCAUGUGGGGAAAAGUUGGAUUAACUCAGGUUGAAGCUUGUGAUGAGGGAUCACCGUGAAGGUUGGAGGAUCUCGAGAAGAUCUCUCAGGGUUAGCGAUUCAGAGAUGAGUGCUGGGAAUGCCUUUUCUCUCUCUCUCUCUCUCUCUCUCUUCUCUGGGCCAUUGCUUGACGUUGGGUGCAGAUUGGAUAUCGUGGCUUGUCAGCAUUUGGAAAAGGAGGAAGCAUUAGGAAUCUCAGUUGUAUGUUCUCAAAGUCUAGAUCAGUUCUUAGCCUGAAUACCUUAAUGUACUGAAUGUGGAGCGAAUAGACCUUUAGGGUUUUUUUUGUUGUUGUUGUUUAAGGAAAAAAAAAUUCCAGCACCAAGCUUGGUGCUAAACGCUUCUGUUGAUGACGUUUCCUCCGAAAGUACAAAGGUUCACGAUGACAUGAAUGGAAAAAGGAGAAAAGAUGAAGAAGGAAAGAAAAAAAACAAAAACCUUUGAGAACUGCACAUGGUGGCUUUGGGUUCCUCCUUGACCUUUAAAUCAGAGUGAUCAUGCAUCCAAACACGAACACACACACACACACACGCACAAAAGACAUGGGCGUCAAACUUAACACAAAUAACAUAACAAGACAGUUGAACUGAUCUUUUUUCCCCCCACUGGUGAAACAAGCUAAUAGAAUUAAUUCUCUUUUUACAAUGUGUAACUACAAAAAGAAAAAAAAGAAAAAAAGCAAA